AUAGACAGGAUAUAUAGAGGAUGUGCCGCCGCAUGGCUCGCCCCGGCCGCCGCCGCCGCCGCGCCAGCUCCUUGGGCGAGCGCCAGUGAAGCGCCGUCGCCCUCGCCGGCCCGGGCAGCGCCUCCCUGCCCGCUCCGGGUGCUCCCUGCCGGCCUCGCUCCCGGGUUUCCGGCGUCCCUCCCGAAGCGGCCGCGCCGGGGGCGAGCGGCGCGUCCAUGCGGGGCCGAUGGCCGGGGCUCAGCCUGGGGUGCACGCCCUGCAGCUCAAACCCGUCUGCGUCUCCGAGACCCUCAAGAAAGGCGUCAAAUUCGUCAAGUGGGACGAUGACUCCACUGUUGUGACUCCAAUUAUUCUCAGAACAGACCCACAAGGAUUUUUCUUUUACUGGACAGAUCAAAAUAAGGAGACCGAGCUGCUGGAUAUCAGCCUCGUCAAAGAUGCCAGAUGUGGGAAACAUGCCAGAGCUCCCAAGGAUCCAAAGCUGCGCGAACUGUUGGAUGCCGGGAACGCGGGAGGCCGGCUGGAAAAUCGGAUGAUCACCGUUGUCUAUGGGCCAGACCUGGUCAACAUAUCCUACUUGAACCUGGUGGCGUUCCAGGAGGAUAUAGCAAAGGAAUGGUCGGAUGAAGUGUUCAGUUUGGCAACAAAUCUGCUGGCACAGAACAUGUCAAGGGACGCGUUUCUGGAAAAAGCUUACACAAAACUGAAGCUGCAGGUGACUCCAGAGGGGCGCAUUCCCCUGAAGAACAUUUACCGCUUGUUCUCCUCUGACAGAAAGCGGGUGGAGACGGCGUUGGAAGCCUGUAAUCUUCCAUCUUCCAGGAAUGAUUCGAUCCCUCAAGAUGACUUCACACCAGAAGUGUACAGAGUGUUCCUAAACAACCUCUGCCCUCGACCUGAGAUCGACCACAUCUUCUCUGAGUUUGGUGCCAAGAGCAAACCCUACCUUACUGUUGAUCAGAUGAUGGACUUCAUCAAUUUGAAGCAGCGUGACCCACGGUUAAACGAGAUCCUUUAUCCACCCCUAAAACAAGAACAAGUUCAGGUGCUGAUUGAGAAGUAUGAACCCAACAGCAACCUAGCAAAGAAAGGACAGAUAUCAGUGGAUGGAUUCAUGCGAUACCUGAGCGGAGAAGAGAACGGCGUCGUUCCACCUGAGAAACUGGAUUUAAAUGAAGAUAUGUCUCAACCACUGUCACACUAUUUCAUCAAUUCCUCGCACAACACCUACCUCACAGCUGGACAGCUGGCUGGCAACUCCUCGGUGGAGAUGUACCGGCAAGUGCUGCUGUCGGGCUGCCGCUGUGUGGAGCUGGACUGCUGGAAGGGGAGGACAGCGGAGGAGGAGCCUGUCAUCACCCACGGGUUCACUAUGACAACUGAAAUAUCCUUCAAGGAAGUAAUAGAAGCUAUUGCUGAAUGUGCGUUUAAGACGUCGCCCUUUCCAAUCCUCCUUUCCUUUGAAAACCAUGUGGAUUCCCCCAAACAGCAGGCAAAAAUGGCAGAGUACUGCAGAUUAAUAUUUGGAGACGCAUUGCUUAUGGAUCCACUGGAAAAAUACCCGCUUGAAGCUGGGGUUCCUCUUCCAAGCCCCAUGGAUUUAAUGUACAAAAUCCUGGUGAAGAAUAAGAAGAAGUCACAUAAGUCAGCAGAUGGAAGUGCGAAAAAGAAGCUGUCAGAGCAGGCUUCCAACACAUGCAGUGAUACAUCCAGUAUGUUUGAACCUUCCUCCCCCGGAGCAGGAGAAGCAGACAUGGAGAGUGACGAUGAUGACGACUAUGACGAUGACUGUAAGAAGUCGUCGAUGGAUGAAGGUACUGCUGGCAGUGAGGCCAUGGCCACAGAGGAGAUGUCUAACCUGGUGAACUACAUUCAGCCCGUGAAGUUCGAGUCGUUUGAAGUAUCAAAAAAGCGCAACAAAAGUUUUGAAAUGUCUUCCUUUGUGGAAACCAAAGGGCUUGAGCAACUGACCAAGUCUCCUGUGGAAUUCGUGGAAUACAACAAAAUGCAGCUGAGCCGAAUUUACCCCAAGGGGACACGUGUGGAUUCUUCCAACUACAUGCCACAGGUCUUUUGGAACGCUGGCUGCCAAAUGGUUGCUCUUAACUUCCAAACUGUAGAUUUGUCUAUGCAAAUAAACAUGGGAAUGUAUGAGUACAAUGGCAAAAGUGGGUACAGGUUAAAGCCAGAGUUCAUGAGAAGACCAGACAAGCACUUUGAUCCAUUUACUGAAGGUAUAGUGGAUGGAAUAGUAGCCAACACCUUGUCUGUCAAGAUUAUUUCAGGCCAGUUCCUGUCUGAUAAAAAAGUCGGUACCUAUGUAGAAGUGGACAUGUUUGGCCUGCCUGUGGACACCAGAAGAAAAGCCUUGAAGACCAAGACGUCUCAAGGCAAUGCAGUCAAUCCCGUCUGGGAGGAGGAAGCCAUAGUGUUUAAGAAGGUGGUUUUGCCUUCCCUGGCCUGUUUGAGGCUGGCAGUGUAUGAAGAAGGAGGGAAGUUUAUUGGCCAUCGGAUAUUACCAGUCUCAGCAAUUCGACCAGGCUAUCACUACAUCUGUUUGAGGAAUGAGAGGAACCAGCCUUUGACACUGCCAGCUCUCUUUGUGUACAUAGAGGUCAAAGACUAUGUACCUGAUACGUAUGCAGAUGUGAUUGAGGCCUUAUCCAAUCCAAUCAGAUACGUGAACUUGAUGGAGCAGAGAGCCAAGCAACUGGCUGCACUGACUCUGGAAGAUGAGGAGGAGGUAAAGAAAGAGAUUGACCACGGAGAUGCACCGUCUGAAGCUAACAGUGAACCAAGGCCAACACCAGCAGAGAAUGGAGUAAAUUACACAGCCUCUCUUACACCGAAACCAGCAACUCAGGUUGUCCACAGCCAGCCAGCACCAGGUUCGGUGAAAGCGCCUGCAAAGACAGAAGAUCUUAUCCAGAGUGUCCUCACAGAAGUGGAAGCACAGACUAUUGAGGAGCUGAAACAGCAGAAGGCUUUUGUUAAGCUUCAGAAGAAGCACUACAAGGAAAUGAAGGACCUUGUGAAGAGGCACCACAAGAAAACCACCGACCUCAUCAAAGAACACACUGCAAAGUAUAACGAAAUCCAAAAUGACUACCUGAGGAGGAGAGCAGUUUUAGAGAAAACAGCAAAAAGAGACAGCAAGAAAAGGUCUGAGACGGGCAGCCCGGACCACAGUUCAAGUAUUGAGCAGGAAUUGGCUGCCCUGGACUCUGAAAUGACCCAGAAGCUCGUGGAGCUGAAGGAGAAGCAACAGCAGCAGCUGCUGAACCUGCGCCAGGAGCAGUAUUACAGUGAGAAGUACCAGAAACGGGAGCACAUUAAGCUGCUUAUUCAGAAGCUGACAGAUGUAGCAGAGGAGUGUCAGAACAACCAACUGAAGAAACUGAAGGAAACCUGUGAAAAAGAAAAGAAAGAACUGAAGAAAAAAAUGGACAAGAAGAGGCAGGAGAAGAUCACAGAAGCAAAGUCCAAGGAUAAAAAUCAAAUGGAAGAAGAGAAGACGGAAAUGAUCCGAUCCUACAUCCAGGAGGUGGUGCAGUACAUAAAGAGGCUAGAAGAUGCUCAGAGUAAAAGGCAGGAGAAACUGGUAGAGAAACACAAGGAGAUCCGUCAGCAAAUACUGGAUGAGAAGCCUAAGUUGCAGGUGGAACUUGAUCAGGAGUAUCAAGACAAAUUCAAAAGACUGCCCUUGGAAAUUCUGGAGUUCGUACAGGAAGCCAUGAAAGGGAAAAUCAGUGAAGACGGAGACCACAGUUCUGCCCCCUCUUCCCUGGCACCUGACAGUGGAAAAUCCAAUCACAAACCCACGCAAAGCGAGGAGGAAUUGGAAGAGGAUAACCCCGAGAAAGUGUUUGAUACUACUUUUUAACUGCCCCAGGGACAGUGUGGGUGUGCCAGGGCACGGCACUGCCGGCUGCCGGCUCCGCUCUCCCGGGGGGAGCCACCAGGAAUCUGCAUUCCAGCACACACCUCCCCAAAGGAACGUUUUAUAGAGUGUCCUGCAAAGGUCUUCGUUCUCAUUCAUCAUCUGAUUAUUAUUCUGGAGCUUAGUGCAGUUGUAAUGGGAAAAUUAAUAUGUUAACCACCCUCUCCUCUUUAUUUUUCUUUUCUUGUUUUUUUUUUUUUCCCUGGGCCAAUUUACAAUGGGUAAUUUUCUGGCCAUGCUCACUGUUGAGAAUGUUUAAUGAAGACCAGUGUAUUGUACAGAGACAAAUGUGUGCAGAUUUCCUUUUGAAGUGCCAGUGCAAAGUGCUCCAAACUAAUAGAGAUCCCGGAGAAUAUUAUAACAGUACUUAAUCAUAUUUGUUUCCUUCUUUAUAACUGCACCUUGACAAGCUGUACCACCGUUUUCCAUUUGCACUGAAACAUUUAAUCCUUUUUAGCUUUUGCAAGCACUGGUGGCUUGCUGUCUCGAUAUUAUUGUGUUUAUCACACGGAGAGACGCGUAUUUGCUGCUGAAAACCCUUGGAACUGUGGGGACAGGAGGAGGCAAAUGGAGAGAAGAGCCCUGCGUGGAGGUUGUCGGUGUCCGUCUGUGUUUGUUACGCUGUGUGAGUGCAUAUACAUUUGUGUAUAUAUAUUUAUAUAUAUAUAUAGCUAUAUGUGCACACACAUCUGUCCAUCUGCACACACAGCAUGUUCCUGUUGGAAGCUGGUGUGGUCUCUCUCUCUCUCUGCCAAAUGGGACGUUUCAGGGAUGCGUGGGUGGAGCGAACCUUUCCGAAAGCUGACGUCUGGGUUGUACUGCUAAUGGGAUAAUCGUCGGAUCAUGGAAUUCUUUUCGUGGUGUUUUAGGUGUUGUAAAUCAAAGUAGUUUUAGAAUAUAAAUUUGAUAUAUAUAUAUAUAUUUGCAGACUCGAAAGUAUUGAUUUUAAGUAUCCUAUUUUAAGCUUACUGAAUUUGAUAGGGUGAUAAAAAAUGUUUAGGACUACAGUAUUUGAAAUCUAACAGAAUCUUCCAUUAUUUUUAAGACUGAGGUUCAGUUUUACUAAGGUCUGAAAUUUAAAAGCAAAAUAUAAAAAAACCCCUGAUAACUGUUAUUUAAAAUUUGUAUUAAUCCGUUGAACUGAGUUGUUAAAAUAAGAACAAUCUAGGUUAGUGUAUGAUAUGUGUGAGAGAAGUAAAACCGCACAUUCUGAGAAAUUUAUACCAGGCAACAGAGAGACAUUGUGAAAGUCAGGAUAUUUGAAAAGGUAAGGAAAUGCUGUGCUCUGGACUCCCAUACUGACAGGAACAGGAACUGAGAGACAUCUCAGACAGAUCCUUAUUUGUACCCAAGCCAACGCAGUCCUUCCCCUCAGCCUUAGGGCAAAGGAGGGGCCAGCUCAGAAGACACAGAUUUGCCUCAAGACGCUUGAUCCUGCAAACUCGUGUUUUCCUGGGCACCCCUGGGCUCAGGAGUUGUUUGGGGAGGAACGUUCACACUCACAGUUUGCAAGAUCGGGGCCUUACUUAGUACGGAAAAGCAGUUGGAGAAAGCAAUCAGUUACACAGCGAGGCAUUUUAACACAUUGUAACAAUUCAGUUACCUUACUUCCAUUCCCUCAGGAUUUUAGUACUUAAAGUAACUUAUUUUAUUUAAAUUUAAGCAAUAAAAUACAAAUCGAGCUUAAGUUUUCAGUUAAAUAAUGGUGUAUAUAUAUAUAAGUUCAAAUCUUGGAAAACGAGCAGUAUUUUGAUGUUUCUUUUUUUAAACUUAAGAGCGGAAAGAAAGAAAAAUUGCACAUUGUUUGGAGAUCACAUUUUGAAUUAAACUGUUCUGGUUUAUGAUGAUGAAAUCAGUGCACAUGAAAUUCAAAAAUCUGACUUUCAUCUUAAAGCUAGGAAAGGUGAAUCCUCUGUUAAUCCUUGUUUUGCACUUUGAAAUCCAUCUUAAUCACUCGUUGAAAACGUAGAGAGUCAAGAUGUAAUGCUGCAUUUUAUAAAGUACAAAUGACACAUUGCCUAAAUUAUUAAAAGAAGAAGCUGAUAGCAGUGUUCACACUAAAACUGAAGGCUGUUGCAUUACAGGAACAGUUGCACAGAAUGGGCUUGUGGUAAAAUCGUGGCUCCCUUGAACCCCUGUGCUACGUUCCCGUGGCCUUCAGCGGAGCCAGGACCUCGCCACAGCCUUCAAAGAAACUCGGGCAAAUGCCAAUUAAGCUUUUCUUUCUAUUUAAAAGUAAAAUAACCGUGGAUGGAACAUCCUCUCGGCUGUAGUCAUUUUACAGUACGUUUGUAUUUGACCAUUUCCUGUACUCACAUUUUUUAUAUAUCUGUACAGUGCCACUUUCUGCAGGUGUAGGGUAAGUGUGUAAUCCUGUACAUCUUGCAUCGGUCAGACUAUUUCGGUGAAACAGAUAUCAUUUAAUAUUGAUAUUACUUGAACUAGAGUAAGAUAAUGAAAACAAAAAAAAAAAAAAGGGUCUUUAUGAUGUGCAAGUCUUGUGCCUUUUAUGUAUUUGCCUUGUUCCGUGUUGAAUGUGUGGAAAUGCUGUAUUGUGGACUUUUCUGCUGUAUAGAAUAGAGCUGUCUAUAUUAAACUAGGUCGUGCACUUCAGAUAUCUUUACACUACUGAAAAUAGCUUGGUUUUGGCAGUAUAAACAGAAUUUUAAAAAUUCUUAUGAAGGCCAGACAUUUUAGAUUUAACAUGUUCAUAAUUAUGUUAAUUAAUGCUCAUGUAUUAGCUAAACAUUCACUGAAAGAUAACUAAAGGGACAUCAUUGCUUGCCUUUCUUUGAAAUCAGUGUUGCUCUUGUACAUUGUAUUAAUAGUGUCCGUGAUUGAUUAGUCCUUGAUGAUUUGCUUUCAAACUAGGAUGAAAUACUCCAGUUAACAUGUACAUAUUUUUUCGGUUCCUCGAUCUAUGAUUGUUUCGGAGGCAUAAUUCACAUUUUUGUAAAAAUUCUAUGCAAUUUUGUGGCAUGAUGUUUCUUCCACUUGUAAUUUUAUGUGCUUACAUUACAGAUCCAAAGGACAAAUAAAAAUUUCUUAACACUAA